CUCCUUCUCCAGCGGCCCUCCUCUCUCUCUCUCCCUCUCUUAUCCACAGUUCGACACAAAUCCAACUCUCCACUCGGUUCCUCUCGCUACCACUCCGCCUGCUGCUACGCCAUGGCGCUCCACGCCGUCUCCCCUGCAGCGGCGGCCUCCCCGCCCUGCGCCCUCUCCUCUGCGCGUCUUCCCCAGCGGCCAGGUUGCGGUUGUCUCUCAAGUCGUUCUUCCCUGCUGAGUUCCUCCACAAACUUCAUGAAACUUCAUUCUGGAGCAGUGGGCUUCUUUUCUGCUCCUCUGGUUAUUCAAUACUCAGACAAGAGAGCAGUUUUGAGGCAUGCCACUAUUGAAGAAAUUGAGGCAGAGAAAACAAUCAUUGAAGACCAAGCUAAAGAAAAGAUGGAGAAGGCAAUUGAAACAGUCCAAACUAACUUCAAUACUGUGAGGACAGGGCGGGCAAACCCAGCUAUGCUUGACAGGAUUGAGGUUGAGUACUAUGGAACUCCAGUGAACUUGAAGAGUAUUGCACAGAUUAAUACUCCAGAUGCGACUUCUCUUCUUAUCCAGCCAUAUGACAAAACUUGCCUCAAGCUCAUCGAGAAAGCUAUAGUUGCUGCAAAUAUUGGGGUAACACCAAGCAAUGAUGGAGAAGUGAUACGAGUCACCGUCCCACCAUUGACAUCUGACCGCAGAAAGGAAAUGACAAAAACCGUAGCUAAAUUAUCUGAAGAAGGCAAGGUAGCAAUAAGGAAUAUAAGAAGAGAUGCAAUCAAAGCUUAUGAUAAACUAGAGAAGGAAAAGAAACUUUCUGAAGAUAACGUGAAGGAUUUAUCAGCUGAUCUACAAAAACUCACGGACGAAUACAUGAAAAAGGUUGAAGCCAUUCAGAAGCAGAAGGAACAGGAACUGAGCAAAGUUUAGAUGCCGUCCUGGGUGCAGAACUGGUCUACAGGUUUUCUAAAGCCUAAACAUCUUUUGAUGGUUGACACUGCGGACUUCGCUGGGAUGUGCGCUCUUUUGCUUAAACUGAUGGAUGCAAGUUGAGACAAUGUUGCUAUGUCCCUCAUUUCCUCUUUGUAAUUAGGCCUUCACCGUCUUGUUGUCCGACUGCCAUUGUCAAUAUUUCUUCACCGCGUGGAUCAAAAUGUUUUGUGUCAGCAAUCUUGAAGUCAAAAUAACUGCCGAGGUGCCUUGUUUGACUUCGACCCGUUAAAAAAUGGAUUAGUGCCGGAUGGAGGGAAAGGUUGGGUUUUCCUAUGA